AUGGCGACAUCUCAGGGACUCGAGUGUCCAGUCUGUUGCGAAAGUUUUGAUGGCCAAGACUUCAGCCCUCGUAUGCUGAGUUGUGGUCACAGCUUUUGCACGAGCUGCCUGGAGCGGUUACUCGCUACAGAUGACAAAAUUACCUGCCCAACCUGCAGAGUUGAAGUUAAAGUACCUCAAACUGGAGUGGCGGGGCUGCCAAAGAAUUGGGCAUUGUUAAGCCUCAUUGCACCAGAUCAUGAAGGUGUUGAUGGUUUGCCGAUUUGCGAAGUUUGCGAAAAUGAGCAUCCUGCGAACUCUUAUUGCUUGGACUGUGAAGAGGACAUGUGCAAGAAUGCUGCUCGAUUUCACACUCGUAACAAGACCAGUCGUGACCAUCGUAUUGUCUCCUUAGAGCCGUCCGCUGUAUCUGUAAAGUGUCCGAGACAUGACGAGCAAUUUCGUUUAUUUGAUGUCAAGCGUAAUUGUAUGAUCUGUAGGAGCUGCUUUACCAGUUUCCGGGGUCGCCAUGUUAUGUCUCUGGCCGAAGCCGGUUCGAAACGUAAAGAGAAAUUUGAAGAACUUGCCACCAAAGCCAGAUCUAGGGCUGAGGUAAUCAAAGCCGCGGAAGAAGGUGUAAGGGAUGUGAGUCUUGAUGUGAAAGAGUCUUGCGACGAACAGCGUGCUCGAAUUAAAAGUGUAUUCAAAGAGGUACGUCUUGAACUCUUUUUUUUUUUUUUUUUUCUGAACUGAUCUUAACCUCGGUUCAUGAGCUUUAAAAGAGGUCUUACUCUUUCCCCGGUCUCCAAAGAGUCAUUCCCCAACAUCUAUGAUUUCCCUGGCAAUGUAGACCGUUCACAGUCCCCUAUUUUUUCGUGAGAUCGUUUAGAUAUACCGCGUCUUACCGUCACGGGUAUCUUGAUUUUCAAAUGUACCGAGGGGGCGGGCGUCAGGUAUUAUGGCCGCCCGAAACGCAAAGCUCUCGAUCUCGAUGAUCUUACGGAAAAAUAGCGGACUGUGAACGGUCUACCGGCAAUGCUAUCACACAAUCAGUUAGGAUUUGUUCCCUAGAUAGAUUUCUAGAAUAUUAUUAUCUGUUUUAUACUAAUUGUCUUACAGCUUCGUACUGCCAUCGAAACAAGAGAGAAAAUUUUGCUGAAUGAGUUGGAACAAGUACACAAUAGCAAGACGCUUAUCCUGACAGAGCAGCGGGACCGCCUACGCGAACAUCAAGAAAAUAUAGAGAGUACCGUCCAAGAUGUUUUGUCGAACAUCCAAAAACUCGACAAUGCCAAUCUCCUUGACGCCAGCUCCAAUUUAGAGUCCAGGCUCGUUGAUGUGGAAAAACAAUCCUUCAUGCUUAAGCCAGAGGCACAAUGUGUCCCGGAGUUUGCAUUUGAUCGCCAGAGAUUUCUUUACUUACAGGAAUCCGUCAAUAAGUUGGGCACAGUCAGUGACAAGUCUACCUGUGCAGAAACCACCACUGCAUCGGGCUCAGGACUGGAACGCGCAAAACGAGGAGAGGAGGAGUCUUUCACCAUUACUGCUUUUGACGCUCAAAGGCUCCCACGUACCGUGGGUGGAGACGCUUUUGCAGUAGAGCUUAAAAGCGAAUCAGGAGAGAAAAUUAGAGUGAAUGUGAGGGAUGAAAGGAAUGGUAGUUACGUAGCUACUUACACUAUUCCUUCAGGUGCUAAACGAGUUGAUUACACAUUGAGCGUGCGUUUGCGAGGUGUUCACAUUCAAGGCAGCCCUUUUGCUGUACAUAUAGCAUCAUCACUACGCGGCAAGACUUGCAAAGCGUUGUCGAACGUAGCUAGUAAACUCUCUCAGCGUUGA